GAAAAAAAAAAAAGAAAUGUGGAGAACAAAAUCUGUCUCAUUUGUUGUGCUGCUUAUGGCUCUUGCCCUAUGCAUUGGAGCGGAGGAAGCGGUGGGAGAGGAGGAAAUAAACGGGCCGGAUUAUGGGCCGAGAUCGGAGUCGAGAUGCUGCAUGGAGCAUCCGCAGCUGGGACGAUGUCUGCCGGGGCACGACGACAAUCCCAUGACGAACGGCAGAUGCUGGGAUUUCUGUGUUAGCGGUUGCAGUAAAGGCGGCUUUUGCAAGUGGUUUGGUCACCUCCACAAGCACGAGUGCCAUUGCUAUUGCUAACCCCCCCUUUUUUCAAAUUUAAAAAAUA